AGUCCUGAGCUUUUGUUUAGGUGGGUCGUUUGAAUCUUACUUUGUCAUAACGACAGCUUGCUCGUUCCAAAUACAUUCGUCUCGGCUAGCAACGAUUACAAGUAUCUUCCUGAACCAAAAUGUCCAACUUUUCGGCCCGUAACUUUUAUCGAAGCGGUGUUCGCAACGGUAGAAGCGAAUCUACACCACGGUCCAGUAACUCGCAGAACGAAAGGACACCGCAGCGCACCGCUGAGGGAACUCCGGUUGACCCGUUUCGCACGCCACCAGGUUCAGAGGUAGUAUCAAACGAGAAGAUCUACCGAGCUCUGAUAAACCUCAGCCGAGAGAUGAAAGAGCAAGACAGAAAGCACUCGGAAGAAAUGCAUGUAAUGCAGACGAAAGUUUCCGAGCUGACGGAAGAGGUGCUAGAUCUGCGCCAGCGGCUGGAGGCAAGGGCCGCCGGGGACGGAGAUGGCGCGCAACAAGAUGGAAGGCGCCGAAAAAGAGCCAAGUCGACACAGCUAUCGGAGAUGGUGAGGCGCUUGCACAACUCUGAUGAAAACGAAAAGAAAUUCGACGGGAAGGAAGGACUCAACUCACCCCACAACGCAACAGUGACGUCGCAUCUUGUGAAAGAACUUGCUGCAAGUGGCGAGUAUCCACCAAAUGCCAUUCGAGACGCCUGUGUGGGAUACUACGAGACCAUUCGAAGGAAGUUUGUGAACAGCCUCCCUGAGAACAAAGAAAAGGCGUUGAAACACAAGAAGGACAAGAAGCAGCGGUCACGCAGACAAAGGCUGAUGGACGCAAGAGGCACCGCACUCCAAACAGAUGACGAAAGAAGGCUGUGGACUGGAGUGACGGUGGACCUCAUGUCGGACGAGGAGGACGCCGUUUCAAACGGGAUAGCUGUGUGGUUAAUGAAGCCGCCAGCGUUCAGAAGCACACAGCUAUCCCAACUCUGCGGCGUCCUGCAGACCCGACUGGAUACAGGCGGCAAACACAGCGACGGCCGCAAGCCAAGGAUAAGAGAGGAGGCCGCCGUGAGCGACAGGCAGCCCCCUGAGAGCUACGACCCCGACCUGGCCCCGCUGCACUUCCGGCCAGGACACCUCCCCCGCCCGGCACGCCGCCCCGGCCUCGCCACCAUUACGAACACCGUCACCAACACCCCACCCCACAGGCCACCAGCCGGGCGGAGUUUAAGCUUCAACGACACAGACGACACCAUGUCCCCGCGCGCCCUUGAGGGCUACAACCAACCCUCGUUUGUUGAGGGAGAGGACAUUUCAGACUCGGAGAAUAUUUCACUUACGCCCUUGUAAAUGACCGGACUUUUGACUUUUGUGACUUUUAUGUACCGUAAUUCUUGAUUUGUUAACUGUCACUUAAUUAUAGCUGAUUUAGCUGUUAGUUUUGUACCGCUAAAAUUUCAGUACCGUAAUACAUUGUAUUUGAACACUUUUGAUCAUCUGCCUUGUCCACACCGCUAAAAUUAAGUGCCGUGAGCUAGUCCAUUUUCCUCCCAACGCUAUAAUUUCCAAACGCAAUAUUAAAUGGAAUUACAGUAGUUUUCAAUGCAUUGUU